UUGAAGGUUAUUUGUAUCGUAUUGGUUACUUCCGGUCUCAAGUCCCAGCGAAGUUUGGUGACGCAAAUCGAGACCGCUGGAAAGUGGACUGCAAAAAUGUUCGAGACAAGUUACAGAGACUGUCAGGCAUGGAGAGCUGAAGGUCUUACACUGUCCACCAGCAGCAACGAGGCUUGUAAACUGUAUGAUGCCAUACUAACGCAGUAUGUGAAAUGGAGGAAUGAUGAAACCCUGGGAGGCAUCGAAGGGUGUAUCUCUGCCAUCCAGGCAGCCGACCCAAACUUUGUCAUGGGUCAUGUGAUCGGUACGGGGCUGGAGUUGGUGGCAACGACAAGCAGCACCCGGCUUAACGAGCGCCUGGCCGGCGCCGUGAGGCGAAUGGUGGCGCUCGCCAACAGCCAGGACAUCUCCCCUCGAGAGAAGCUCCAUGUCAGAGCCAUGGAGCUGUUCUCACAUGGGAAUUUUCCUAAAGCCUGCGAAGCGUGGGAGGAUAUUUUGGUCGAUCAUCCGACCGAUUUGUUGGCCCUGAAGUUUGCCCACGACGCAUACUUCUACAUGGGGGCCCAGACCCCGAUGAGGGACUCGGUGGCCAGGGUGCUUCCCCACUGGAAACCUCACACGCCGUUGUUCAGCUAUCUGAAAGGGCUCUAUUCCUUCGGCCUCCUUGAGACUCGCUUUUAUGACCAGGCUUUGAAAGUGGCAAUGGAGGGCCUGUCUCUGACUCCAGAUGAUGCUUGGUCUGUCCAUUCUGUGGCCCAUGUUUAUGAGAUGAAGGCAGAGGUGGACAACGGAUUGAAGUUCAUGGAGAGUAGAGAGAAAGACUGGCAGGUUUCCGAUGUCCUGGCUAGCCACAACUACUGGCAUUGGGCUCUAUAUUUCAUAGAGAAGGGGCAGCAUGAAGCAGCUCUGCAAAUAUAUGACGCCCAGGUAUUCAAACGCUGUAAAGCCACAGGGUCCAUGUUGGACACCGUGGACGCCAGCUCGCUGCUCUGCAGAUUGGAAAUGGAAGGCGUGUGCGUGAAGGACCGCUGGCGAGAGCUGCUCCAGAAAACCCAACCUCACACCGACGACCACGUGACUCUGUUUAACGACCUCCACUUCCUCCUGGCCUCCUUGGGAGCCGAAAAGACCACGACCACUCAACGUCUGCUGGAGGGCCUCCGGGAAUUGGCCAAAGAACCCGGUGUCAACCAGCAACAUCGGCUGGCCGAGGCUGUGGGCAUACCGAUGUGUCAGGCCGUGGUGGAGUUCUACCAGGGCAACUACAGCCAAACGGUGGACCUGCUGUACCCGUUGCGGUACCGCAUGGUAGAAAUAGGUGGCAGUGACGCACAGAGAGAUCUGUUCAAUCAACUGCUUAUUCAUGCAGCCAUAAAAUCGGAGAACAAGCAUCACCAGAAGCUGGGGAGAUGUCUGCUGGUGGAGCGUGAUGCCGUGAGACCUAACUCCCCUCUAACCCAGCGCCUGAUGCAAAAAGCUCUGGCUCUUCACGACUAGCGGGAUGGCAAGGUGUACAAGCAGCUCCCGUGUGAAAAGAUCAAAGCACAUUGUAAUCUGAUGUUCUGUACUUUGGUUUCACACUGUUUUCUGGACCGUGAAAACCAUUCAUGCUGCUCACUUUUCGUAGCUUGGUGGCCUAUUAAUUAUGAAGUCAUGACAUAUUCAGUGUGUGUUCAUACAAAAAUAUACUUACUGACUAUUGUGAAAAUACAUAAUUUAGAAUAUAAUUUGCAAACUAAUCUUGUGAACCUGUUCAGUAUCCUCUUAUCGGUUGGUUAUUUUGUUUUUUUUCACACUUUUUUCAGGAUCCACAUUUCACAGAUUCCUUUUCAGUUUUUUUCAGUAAAUCCCAUAACCCCUAUCACUGAAGCUUUUUAUAACUUUGUAAAUGUUGCUAAAUUAAAAUGUAAAUGAGGCAUAUUUCUAUCAAAUGAUUUUGGGGUUUAUAAACUGGGUUGCAUGGCAGUCUCAGAAAGGGGCUAUGGUUAUGUAUGAUUGGAAUUACUUUACAGUGUGUGUGUGUGUGUAUGGGGGGGGGGUUGUCGCAGACUGGUAAUUAAAUCCUGAAUAAGAGACUGAAUUAGUUGAUUUUUUUUCUUUUUUUUAAUCUUAGGAGUAUUGUAUUGAUUAAAUUCUGAGGUCAUUAGCCGUUUAUUGUCAGUUUGAUCCACACAAAACAUGAGGGUCGAGCAAUAGGGUUCCUGUUUUAAUCCAAGAGCAAGUAGAUAAUGCUUAUCCUGUUUUAUUUUUCAUUCAUAUGUGUGUGUGUGUGAGUUUACAUAUGCAUGCAUAUUAUUUC